AAAAAAGGUUAAAACUCUCUCUCUCUCUUUCUCCACUGCGCGACUCUGAAAAUAAAAUUUCCAUAUUUUCUCUCUGGCUCUUCAAGUUGAUUCUGUUAAACAUUUGUGUGUGUGUGUGUGUAUUGUUAAGCUUACGUUGCGACGAAGAAGAGAAGCGACAGAGUAUUGAAAUGGAGAAAAAGCAAGGGUUCUUCUCUGCUCUGAGAGACGAAGUGGUAAGAGGUCUCUCACCGUCACGGUCCAGGACAAGGUCUCGCUCCGUUAGCCCCGCUAGGUCUAAUUCGCCCAUGUCAGCUCUCACCUGGGGGAGAAAGAACAUCACUGGAGGCGGAGCCGGUGGUGGCGGCGCCGGGUACUAUCUGGCGCAACCGGAGAUGUUAAUCGGGAGAUCCGGAAGCCUGAGACCCGUAAUGGAAGGUCCCGAUCCAGACGAAGGAGGAGGAGGGAAUAUAGGAGAAUCAAAGCGACUCGGGUCGGGUCUGGGUCACUGGGUCAAGGGACAGCUGUCUCGCGCUCCUUCCGUUGCUGCGACGGCGGCUUACCGGAGAAACGAUCUGAGGCUUCUUCUCGGAGUUAUGGGAGCUCCUCUUGCUCCGAUUCAUGUCUCCUCUUCCGAUCCUCUGCCUCAUCUUAGUAUCAAAAACACCCCAAUCGAGACAUCAUCUGCUCAGUACAUUCUUCAACAGUUCACUGCAGCUUCCGGUGGCCAGAAGCUACAAAACUCCAUCAAAAACGCUUAUGCUAUGGGGAAACUCAAGAUGAUAACUUCAGAGCUCGAAACCGCCACGAGAACAGUCAGGAACCGAAACCCAUCUAAGGCUGAGACUGGAGGUUUCGUUCUCUGGCAGAUGAAUCCAGACAUGUGGUACGUCGAGCUUGCUGUUGGUGGUAAUAAGGUUCGUGCUGGCUGUAACGGCAAGCUCGUGUGGCGACACACUCCUUGGCUCGGCUCUCAUACCGCUAAAGGACCCGUUAGGCCUCUCCGUCGUGGACUUCAGGGACUUGAUCCGAGAACUACUGCUGCCAUGUUUGCGGAAGCCAAGUGCAUAGGAGAAAAGAAGGUGAAUGGUGAAGAUUGCUUCAUUUUGAAGCUAUGCACUGACCCUGAAACACUGAAGUCGAGGAGUGAAGGACCAGCUGAGAUCAUAAGGCACGUCCUGUUUGGCUACUUUAGUCAGAAAACAGGACUCUUGGUUCACAUCGAGGAUUCACAUUUGACACGGAUCCAAUCCAACGGCGGAGAUACUGUCUUCUGGGAAACCACAUACAACUCGUCCCUAGACGACUACCGCCAAGUCGAAGGGAUCAUGAUUGCUCACUCGGGACACUCGGUUGUGACCCUUUUCAGAUUUGGGGAAGUGGCGAUGAGCCACACGAGGACGAAGAUGGAAGAAAGCUGGACGAUUGAGGAAGUUGCGUUUAACGUUCCCGGUCUAUCUCUGGAUUGCUUUAUCCCACCAGCUGAUCUCAAGACCGGUUCUUUAACCGAAUCCUGCGAGUACCCACAAGAGGAAAGAGGGAAGAACAACAACAACGCUGUAGCAUUGUCUGCAGCUCACAGGGCCAAAGUUGCAGCCUUGGAGAACGGUAGGUUUGAAGAUAACCGCCCGGUUUGGCAUACUGAUGUCUAACGUUUAGAGAGAAAGCUUGUGACUAAAACAAAAAAAACCCUUGAAGGUAGCAUUAGCCGAUGAGGAGACUCUGAUGGAAGAAAAGAUCAGAUGCAAUGUGUUCAUACGCCGGUAACUCUAAGCUAACCUUUUUUAGAAGCUUCGUCGGAUUAGGAAUCAGGUUUGUUAGCAUAACCGAAGAAGAUCCACGGGUUCAAAUCGAAUCCAAAUGAAUCUUCUUCGUUGUUUUUUUUACUCGAAUCUCAGGAGAAUGGGAAGGAGUUUGGAUUUGGUUUCAGUUUGGGUUUUCUUUAAAUUCUCACCUUCAAUAUUUUUGAGUAAGGUGAAGGCAAGAGAAGGAGAAUUGCCUUGCUGCUUUUACUUCUAGUUUCUAGCAUUAAGUGUUUAUGUUAUAAAUCAACCAUCUAACUACGAAUCUUGAUAUUGUUUUCUUUUUCAAUCUAUGGAGAUAUGUUUGGUUUUUUGCUUUUUCUUAUCUUCAGUCUCUUUUUGUUAAUGCUCU